AUGGUUCUUAUCAGGAUAAAUCAACUAGUGAUCUGGGCAGCGCAGGCCCUCCCGCAGCUGGGGGCUCGGGGAGGGGGCUGGAGUCUGCAGCCCGGGCGGGUGGGGCGCGGGCGGGGGGUGCAGGGGCGCAGUACCUUCAAUGGCCAGGAACUGCCAAAGAGUUUCAAAAUAGGCGAGUGCUCUCCCCCACGCCUCCGGGGGGUCCCGAGCGCUAGGACCCGGGCUCCCCGACAGCAGGGCAGCCCCCCAAUUCGGGCCUACGAGGAAACUUUCCGGCCGCGGUUGCACCUGACUCCUCACCGCCCCUCCACCCCACCCCACGCCCGCCAGGCUGCCCGCCCCGCCCCGGCCCGGCCCGGCCGCCGGGGGCCCAGAGGAGGGGGUGCACACCAAUCCAAGGGUUACCGGAAUUGGGGUGGGGGGAGGCGUGUACGAGAGACCCGUGGGAAACCAUGGGUGGGCGCCCAUUCCCUACUCCCAGGCCCGGAAACCCCUGUCCCGGCAGCCCGGGCCUUCCGCUCCACCCGGGAGCCCUCGGGCCCGCGCACGGUUCGCUCCCUCGGCGCCGCCGUCCCGCCCGGCCGCCCGCCGCCGCCCGGAGCCCCGAAGGGGGCAUCGGGACGUCCGGGGCGCGGCCGCCGCGGAGACCCGGCUCGAGGCCUAACCGGCGCCCCCCUCCGCCCCACACCCCUCCUCCGGCCCGCGCAGGCCGCGUCGCUCGCCCCGCUCCGACCGUGGCAGGACCCUCGCCCGCCCACCCUCCGUGGUGACCCGUGGGCGCCCCCGAGCCCCCCACAGCCCCCCAGUUCCCGCCACCGCACCGGCCUCUCUCACCCUUUCAUUCUCCGCCCGGGGCCUGGCGCGGGCCGGCGAAUCCCCGGCCUCACCCAAGAAGGCAGGGCUGCCGGCGCUGCACAAGAAGAGGCAGCAGCCUCCUACAGCACCACUACAGGCACUGCGAGGACAUAACACCAGAGAGCAGCUCCUCUGCCCUCCGAAACGACAACUCUCCUACCAUCUUGGAGGCACAAGAAAGGGGGGCUAGAGAGAAAAAGUGCACCCGCUGCCCAGAAAGUACACAUUGCUGCUCCUUGUCUUGGGGGGGGGGGGAAUAAAGCCCACCCCGACCCUCGGCACCGGCGCCUGGGGGAGAAAAGGAGGGAAGAAGCUGGGAGUCCUUGAGAAACCUUUUCAUUGGCACCAGAGGGGAAAAUGUUUCUGCAUCUUCUGAUGGAAAGAAAUCUUUGCAAGACACAGGUUUUCCGGUGACUAUUAUUAUCUGUUUUAAUUUUUUUCCUCCCCUCAUUGCUAGUGGCAUGGUGUUCUAUUAUUACAUUAUUAUUUUUAUUUCUUCAUUACAGAUCCUAAGUUCUGUUUCUGGUGUUUAGUUGAUCCAUUUGGACUAAAAGAGACUUCAUAGCUACUUUAUUUAUUUGUAUGUUUUUAUGUAGACGUAUCUGUAUGUUUUCUUAUAUAAAGAAAUCUUUGGUAUGUAUUCUCAGUACUAAGGCUGCCUAAAGACAAUUGUAACAGCAUGUCUUCUGUUCCCUUUUUUCUUAAAGCUUUGUAAAUAAACCUAUUGACUGUCCAGAAAGGCA